AUGGAGAACCAUUCCAAUCAGCCUGGCACAAUUGCCAGCACACCUGACGAACAAACCGAUGUUGAAAGUGCACCCGAACCAGAAGUCGAGGAAAAGCCCACUGACAAAGACCCCAACCUCGUUGAAUGGGAUGGUCCAGAGGACCCUGAGAACCCGCAGAACUUCACGAAGCUACGCAAAUGGGUCAUUACAUUGACCUUGUCCUCCAUGACCAUGUGGAUCACCUUUGCAUCCAGUGUCUUCUCCACAGCAACUCAAGUCACCGCAAAGGAAUUCAAUGUCUCGACCGAAGUCAUGGUCCUGGGCACCAGUCUGGUUGUCUUUGGCUUUGCACUUGGCCCGUUGUGCUGGGCACCACUGAGCGAACUAUACGGCCGUCGUAUCCCACUGUUCUCCGGCUAUGCCAUCUUCGCCAUUUUCCAAAUCCCCGUAGCCGUGGCCCAAAACCUGGAGACGAUCCUGGUCUGCCGUUUCCUGAUGGGCGUUUUUGGCUGUUCGCCUCUGGCAGUUGUCGGCGGUGCCAUGGCUGAUAUCUGGAAUCCCGUUGACCGCGCAGUGGCCAUUGCUCUAUUCAGCUCAGCUACGUUCCUCGGACCCGUCCUGGGCCCAAUUAUCGGGGGCUUCAUCACAGACUCAUCCCUAGGCUGGCGCUGGACAGCCUGGAUAACCCUAAUCGCCUCAGCCUUCUUCGGGCUAAUCGCCCUCGUCGUCGUCCCAGAGACCUACGGCCCAGUCCUCCUCCAAAAGCGCGCAGCCCGCCUACGCACCGAAACCCGCAACUGGGCCUUCCACUCCUUCCUCGAUGAACACAAGCCAACAAUGUCCGACAUCGUAACCAAAUACCUCCUCCGCCCCUUCCAAAUGCUCUUCCAAGAACCAAUCCUCCUCUUCAUAACAAUCUACCUCGCCCUAAUCUACGGCAUCCUAUACCUCUUCUUUGAAGCCUACCCAAUCUCCUUCAGCCAAGUCCGCGGCUGGAAGCACGAAGGCGUAGCCGCACUCCCAUUCCUGGGUAUCCUAGUUGGCGUUGUGCUCGGCGCCUGCCUAAUCAUCUACACAACGAAAACCCGCUUCGCCCGCAAACUCGCCAAACACGGCCAUGUCGUUCCCGAGGAACGCCUCCUGCCAAUGAUGAUCGCUUCCUUCCUCUUGCCCAUCGGUCUAUUCUGGUUCGGCUGGACUUCUGAUCCUAGCAUCUCGUGGGUGCCGCAGGUCAUCGCCGGUGUGCCUAUUGGCAUGGGCAUCUUGGUUAUUUUCAUGCAGGGCUUAAAUUAUAUUAUUGAUGUCUAUAUGAUGUUUGCGAACUCGGCUAUUGCGGCUAAUACCCUUGUGCGGUCGACCCUUGGUGGUGCCUUCCCGUUGUUUGCUACGCAGAUGUAUACCAAUCUGGGUGUCGAAUGGGCGUCUAGUGUGCUUGGGUUUAUUUCUGUUGCUAUGAUUCCUAUUCCUUUCUUGUUCUUCUUUUAUGGUGCGAAGAUUCGCGCUAUGAGCAAGUUUAGUCCCAAGUUCUGA